GACUCUUAGACCUCAAAUUUGAUUGUCAUAAUAUAAUGACGUGUUGAAAUUCUUGGUUUUUAUUCAUAUUUUGGUAUCAGUAAAUGAUAGAAAAAUGUCCGAAAUUGAUGAUGAUAUUUGUGAAAAUCAUCAAAAAUUUCAAAACCUGAUCAAGACAGGAAGCUUUAUGAAACUAGAAGAUGGAGAAAAAUACACCACGAGUAUCUUAUUACAAGAAGAAUUGAAAUUUGGAUCAAAUUAUAGGACACAAUUAAAAAAAUCUGCUCGGAAGCCACUACCUCCCAAGAAAAGACCUGUUGAACUACCGUUUGAAGUAUGCAGAGCGAAGCAAAAAAUUAAACGUAGAAAGGAAGCAUAUUGCGGAGACGAUUUGCCACCCAAACCAAAAAAGUUGUCUAUGUUAGAAAAAACCAUAAUGUCUCAAGAGGAAUAUAUGAACUGGUUGGCCAUGCCUGUAAUAAGAUAUCAAGAGCCUAUUGCAAAGUCCAGAAAAAGUAAAAAGUGUGAUAUAUCCCCUUGUCCUCCGAGAUUUGUGCAAUUGGCAAUCCCCCAAAAACGAAGAAUUUGGUGUGCCUGGAAUGAAUACCAAAAUUCACUUCCAGUAGAUAUGCUAUUAAGAUUUCAACAAAUCCUUCAUGCCGAUCAGAAUUUAGAGUUAAAAGAUGCUGACUAUUAUUACAAAAAAAUGGGUAUCAUGGCAAAGAAAUCGGCUAGAAAAAAGAAACGAUUGCGACAAAAGAGGUUAAUGGAAAAGGAGAAAGGAAAAUAUGCUUGGGUAGAAGAGAAUAUAUCAACCACAGUGGAAGCAAUUAUGAAUUUUCUCAAAGAAGAACAAUUGUUUUCGUUAAAUUAUAAACAGCUUCUUCUAUCCAAUGAAAUUUUAACUGCCCUGAAUAAAAAACGAGUCAUAAUAAAACCCUCAAGGUCUACUAAAAGUACGUUUGAGAAAUCUUUUAUAGAGACCAGUGAUAAAAUAGCCGUGUGGAUGGAUUCACUCACUAAAUUCGUAGACAUACAAGCAGUUGAAAGCGAAGAAGAUAUACCUCCCAUUUCAAUAUCUUCUAUAGAAAAAGGUGAAGAAGAAGAAGAAAUUGGAGUUGAAGAAGAAGAAGGCGAAAUAAUUGAAGAAGAAGAAAAGACGGAAUUUAAAAUAUUCAUACAUGAAGAAGACGAACAUGGUUUUGAUGAAGAUGGAGAAUAUGAAAAAUAUGAAUUACAGGUCAAAACUAUAAAAACAGAAGAUGAAACCAAAGAAGUCGAUAUAAAUCAGCUAGAUAAAGAGUAUUAUGAACUUGGCAAAGAUAUUUACGGAGAAGGAAUGGCUGAAGAUAGUAUUCCUGUGGAUAAACAGAAGAAACCAAAAUACAGAGAAGACGUAGGAUCAGAGGAGGGAAUUGAUAUCAAUUUAUUGAAACAUCUCCUACAAAUUUACGAAGAACGCAGUCCAGAAGAUUAUUUGGCAAAUGAGGUGAACAAACUACCUGGUUACACAUAUGAAGCAAUUUUGAAUAAACUAAAACAAAUUACGGUAGGAGAUGACAUACCAAAAAAAUCCAACUUGGAGGAAGUUAUGAUUGAGUGGCUUAACGACGUUGCACCAGAUGAAAUAAAUAAAGGAACCUUGAAAGCUAUACACGAAUAUGCCUGUGCGUUAUUGGAAGAACUCAGAAAAACAGAUUUUGGUGAAUCUGAGCUAGAGAAAUUGCUUGAAAGUGAUUAUAAAGCUGGCCAAGAAGAAGAAGAAGCAGAAAAUGAAAUGAAUAGGAUAAUAGAAGGUAAUGAAGCAGGUGAAGGGGAAGGAUUAGAAACUGAGUUGGAUAAGAUGCUCAUAGGUGAUGAAACAGGCCAAGGAGAAGAAUUAGGUACAGAGUUGAGCUCCGCAGAGAAACUAUUACAACUAAAGGAACAUGAAGGCGAAGAAGAAGUAGAUAUUGUGGUUACGGAAGAUUGGGAAACAGGCGUUGGCGAUGAAGUCAUAGGUGAAGAUAUGGAAGUAGGUUUUUAUUCACCCGAAGAAAAUAUAUUUGAGGAAGAAGCCGAUGUUAUUUAUGAAAAACUAGAGGUUACUCGGCCAGUCAUAGAAGAGGGAGAAUAUAUCCGUGGUCAUAAACCUCCUAAAGUUUAUGAGCAUUCAACAGAUACUAUUUGCUGCUUAUCAUUGAAAAUAUGGGCAGUUUGGUUGCUUGAAGUUAUCCAUAAUGCUCAUAUGUGGACCAAGUGGAUGCACGAAGUAAUACGAAAAAUAAGAGAAUUUGCAAGUAUCGUCAGAAAUAACAUUAAAUGUAUUGAUGGAAAUCGACAAGUUCUAUAUAAGUCAGAAUGGGCAAAAUUCGUGAAGGAAACAGAAGGAAAAAUAAUUGCUUGGAGGCAGUACAGUGCCCAUAUAAAUGAGCUCUCUGAUGGAAUUAUCGAGAACUUUCGAAAUAAGAAAGUAUUUUGUUGUCCCAAAUGUUUGCAGGAUCACCUUAUUAAGAAUGUUGUGACUGCCCACGAAACACUCGCAGCAUUGACUGAUGCUAUUAAUUGUACUCAAUAUUGGCGAAGAUGUUUAGAUGGCUUAAUAAAAACUACAUCAUCACUCACAAGUGUUGAAAAAAGUGGAAGUAGUGGUGAAGAAUCAUCAUCAGAAGCUGAUGAGAUAGAAGAGCUAAGUAUAGAGUAUUCCAGCUCAAGUGAUGAUGAAGAUAUUUUUGAAUUGGAAGAGAUUCAAAAGAGAUAUGAUUCUAACCAAUAAAAAAUUAAGCAAAA